GCUGUAAAAGCAGCUCGAUCGACAAUAAAUACAAAUAGCAGGUGAAAAUCGAUUGAUUAGAUUGAUCUGAAAAGCUAAAACUAAAUAAAGGGGACCCAAAACCAUCUAAUCAAGCAGCAUAAUACUAAUGUAUUUAAAAUUUUAAAUAAAUUGUUAUAAUUUAAUCUAAUAAAUGAUAGAUUGCUAGGAAAAUAGGUCAGUAUAUCAUUUUGAUUAGAUUUAGUUAGAGAAGAGGAACUGUUACGGGCAAUACCUUUAAGUUUAGCAGCAUCACCACCUAUUUUAUGUGUAGAAAAUAAAUUACCUUAAUAUUGAUUUCGGAGUGAUCAAAUAAUCAACUGAGAUGAGCCAAGCGAAAUCCGUACUUUGCGUGGGUUGCACGGUUAUUGACUUUGUGACCAUCAAUGCCAGUUAUCCCAAAGAGGACACCGAUCGACGUUGCCUGGAUGGGUUUUGGCAACGUGGCGGAAACGCCUCCAAUGUGAGCACAGUUCUCCGGGUUCUCGGCUCCAAGGUGGACUUCUUUGGAAUGCUCAGCAAAUCGGAUGCAUUCAGAGUGCUUCUCGAGGACCUACUGAUCUUGGCCCAGGAUUCCGGAACACGCACUAUUAUCCACUGCAAUAAGGAUUACCCACAGAGCACUUAUGAAGACUUUAGCAAGAUUGAUCUUUCGGAGUAUGGAUGGGUGCACUUUGAGGCUCGCAACACCUCACACACCUUGAAAAUGAUGCAAAGCAUCCGGGAGCACAACACAAGGACUGGACAACGCAUUAUAAUCUCGUUGGACUUGGAAACGAGGUACGAGCAGAACCAGGAACUGUGUCAACCAUGUGACUUUGUGGUCUUUUCCAAGGAGCUGGCCGGACAGUUGGGCUGGAAGACGCCGCGGCAAACUUGUGAGGAACUGGCAGCCCGUAUCCCUGGAACAGGAUUGAAACCUGUCUUUAUUUGUCCCUGGGGGAGUGCCGGAGCUGGAGCUGUGGAUGCCAAUGGUAGUUACCACGAAAUGGCUUCCUAUAAGCAAGAGAAAGUGGUGGACACGCUGGGUGCAGGAGACAGCUUCAUGGCGGGAUUCAUAUACGCCACACUCGAGGGUCAGCGAUCUGUGGCGGAAGCCGUAGACUUUGCCAACCGAGUUGCCAGCCACAAAAUCACUGGGUUCGGCUACGACCAUAUUGCACAACUCAGCUUAGACUAAAACUAGUUUUUUCUAACCUUACUUCUAGCUGACAAUAUUGUUGUAAGUCUCUUUGGAAGAAUUUAUUAACAUUAAACAAGCCUGACGAAAAAAUUAUUAUGUUUAAAAACUGUUAGCACGUGUCCAUUGUCUAAGUAAAUAUUACUAAUUGUCAAGCAAUAAUAUUUUUAUAAAUUAAUUUAAGAAAUUAAAAAAAAAAGUACAAUAAACAUUUUAAAAGCAGUUUGUAACCUCUGCAAAAAAGGUGGAACCAUAAAAAAGUACAACUAGUUUCGAAAUGAACAGCGCUUAUGUAUUCUCACAAAUUUUAUAAACUUGUCAAAUUCAUUAAGAUUAUAUUAUAAUUAUUUUCAUGAUUAUUGGUUAAGCAAAGACUUUUGUUGUUGGUCUGCUGUGACUUGUUAUCAAAUCAUCCGCUUUGCAAAUAAAUUGGAAAUCAAGAG